AUGGCCACUCAAAAGAAAUAUAUAUGUGCAUUUUGUGCACGUGCAUUUACAAGAUCAGAACAUAAGCAACGUCAUGAACGGUCUCAUACCAACGAGAAGCCAUUCCAUUGUUUAAACUGUACUAGUUCUUUUGUUCGACGAGAUUUAUUACAACGUCAUGUUAGGACCGUUCACAAUAACAGCAACAACCAUAAUAUGAAUUUACCGUCAAACAAAAGCUUGAAUAAUCCCACCACUGUUGGUUUGACUGUCGAAUCAUCGAGCACCCUGUCCAACGAAAGUCCCAUUGCUGAGAAUUACAUGACUCACAAUAGUGCCAAUAUGCACAUGGAUGAUUCGGUAUCUGAUCUGUAUUCAUUAUACGAACAGGAUAUGAACAUGGAACACAAGAAACGUAAGAAGUCAGUGCUGGAACCUUCAGGAAAUCAUGACUUGAUUCAUUUAUUGUCAAUUACCAAGAAGUUGGAGACAAUGUUGAUUAAGUUUGAUGGGAGCAAUAGUAAUAAUUCUGUCAAUGACAAUUUCCUUAUUGGGUAUAUCAACAUUAUGAAUCAGUCUAACCAGUUUAAUAUAUUCGAUAAGAUGUUGAAGGAUUUGAUUUAUUAUUUGAAUGGAUACAACAAUAACAAUAACAAUAACAAUGAAAAUGUUCCAUUAAACAAUUUUAAAGUUGGGAUUAUAUAUUCCAUUGUGUCGUUAGGUUGUAUUAUCAAUAAUAAUCCAAGCAAGUCAAUCCACUACUUCAAAAAGAGUUGGAAUUUGCUCAUCAAGAAGUUAAUUCCACAAUACAACAAUAAUAAUAACCUACUUGAUCAGAUUGAAAUCUUAACCAACUUAUUCUUGUUAUCUUUUAUUUAUCUAAACUAUAAUUUGGAAAAUAUUGAGCAGGAAGAAGAGCAAGACGACGAGUCAAUCUAUAUCAACAAUGAUGUCAUUCUUAACUAUUUGAACGAUAUAAGUUUUAUUAUUAUCUCCAACCUUAAAGAUUUGAAUUCUAAUGACAAUUUAAUUGAUUUAAAUAUCAACUUAUUCUGGAAUAUUUAUAUUAUCUUGUCAAACUAUAUGAAAUCCUCAUCACCAAAAAUCUACCAAUUCUGUUUAAACAAGAUUGUAAAAGGUAAUGAAACGUUACAACUGUUGAUGAUCAAGUUUUCCAAGUCAUUUAUCAAUAUUGAUUUCAAUGAUGAUUUCUUAAAACUGAUUAUUGUUGCCACUUUUGCUAAUGAGUUAAAAUGUCACCAUAAUCAAACAGACUCAAAAUCAAUUUUAUAUGAUUCCAAAAAUGUCUUGCACAAUUCGAUAAUUUUAAUCAACAAGUCGAUAAAUUUACAUUUAACCAAUAAUAAUGAUGAUACUUCAGUCAAGUUGUUUGAAUUGUUCAAGAAAAACGUCAUUAUUUCGAGUCCGUUGAAAUUUCACGAGUUAUUGAACAACUACUUGUUCAUUCCGGUAAAGUAUUACAAUUGGGAAUUGCUUUAUUUGACCUUGCAAGAAAUCAAUGGUGUACAAUUGACAAAGCAAAUAAACGACUGUCUUUUAGAUCCUAUGAAUAUGUCAAAUUUGGAACUUUCAUUAAUGUCUUUUUUCAACUACAAGAGUAAUUCAUUUGACAUAAACAAUAAUUUGUCAAUCAUAUCAUAUCCGUUGAUAUUCUUUAGCAGCUACCUCAAUUUAAACUUGAUUGAGUUGAAGAAUUAUAAUUAUUUACAAUUGCAAAAUAUUAAUGUGUUUAUUAUUGAAUGGUACUUGAUCAUGAAUAAGAUCUUAAUUAUAAUUUGGAAUAAUCUGGAAUUAUUCGAUGAUAAUUUUAUCUUGCAGAACUUAAUCUACUUGUUAAUUGACAACAAAUCGAGCAUCUUGUCGAGAAUCGAUCAAACUCAGGCACAAACGACCAACGUGGACACUUUCCAAUUCAAUGCCAAGUGGUUCUGGAUUUUGAAGAUGAAGUUUGAUUCCAUUUUGGAAAAUUGGUUGAACUUCGUCAAGACAUUCACAUCUCAGAAUGUCAACUUUAACAACAACUUGUCCAUAUUCAAACUCAACUUGAAUAAGUUUAUAAAUGAAUAUCACUCCAGUCAAAGUUUGCAAUUCAUUCAAGAAAAAACCCGCCAACAUCAUAUGUCUUCGGUUCCUUCAUUAAACUAUACUAUUCCACCACCAUACGAAUACGAUACCCGUAUGAAGCGUUCAAAUUCGAUUACGCUUGGGGUAUUGGGACAAACCAUGGCGAAUCCUAAUGAAGGUUCAAAAUCACCUAUCAUGAUGUCGAAUUCAAGUUCAAUGACGAGCAUGAAACAUCUGCAAUACCUGACGCAAAUGUCCAUGACGCCCAUCUCACUGCAACAGCUGAUUCUGAAUAUGAACAAGGUUAACUAUUCAAGUUAUUCAACGUACCCUCCACCACCACCGAUAUUAUCUGCCAGCAACAACAAUGUGCCCACGCAAAAGGAUUUGUUGGUAUUACCGCCAAUUCUUCCUAGUGAUUUACGAACAAGAGAUGUAGUUACCGAUAUUAAAAAGGAUUAA